AAACCGAGGGGGACGAGACUUAGGGCGGUUACACCCCUCGAAAAAUACACAAAACCGCCCGAAAUAUUGAAAUUAAAAUAAAUCGUGUUUCUGGGGACAGCUGUAGUUGUUGCUGGGCCUGUGCAGAUUUACAGAUAACGCAGGGAAAGUGGACAGUGGUUUAUAUUUUAGUAAGUUUUCACGUAAACGUUAUGAACUGAUUCUUCUGAUUUAAACGUCGGUUGCAGCCAGGACCCCACCAGGUGAACUGCGCCAGCCGGACGCCAUGCCAGCCCUCCUGGAACGCCCCAAACUGUCCAACGCCAUGGCGAGGGCACUGCACCGCCACAUCAUGAGAGAGCGCGAACGCAAGAGGCAAGAGGAAGAGGAGGUGGAUAAGAUAAUGGAGCAGAAGAUGAAGGAGGAGGAGGAGAGGAAGAGGAAGAAGGAGAUAGAGGAGAGGAUGUCUCUGGAAGAGACCAAGGAGCAGAUCAUGAAGAUGGGGGAGAAGCUGCAGCUCCUGCAGGAGGAGAAGCACCAGCUGUUCCUGCAGCUCAAGAAGGUCCUGCAUGAGGAGGAGAAGAGGAGGCGCAAAGAGCAGAGUGAUAUGACCACUUUGACUUCUCAAACCUACCAGCAGGGAAUGCCCCUCCAUUCCAGCCCACACCACCUGAUCAUGCAGGGGAGUCCAGUGAAUCACAGUCGAUCCAGCGCUCUCCUGAGUGAACGCAGUAAGCAGCUCUUUCAGGCGCCAGUCAUUUCGGGGCGUCACUACCAGAGCCAGCCGGGCUUCAGUGGCGGAACCGCGGAACACGGGCAGUACCAGAGCAGCCAGUCAGCACACGGCACCUACAGCGUGAGCCAAUCACAGCACGCCUCUCAAUACGCCCCCGGGCAGCCUGUGCCAGUGAGCUAUGCAGGGAGCCCCCAGCUUCGAGGUGCCUCUGCGUUCCAGACAAUGCAGUAUCUCCCUCACCAGCAGGGCGGCUACGCUGUGCACAGCCACUUCACACCCCAGCAAGCAGGUUUUAUUCAGACUGCAGGGAUCCCCCUACAGAAGCAGUUGGAACAUGCCAACCAGCAGUCUGGCUUCACUGACUCGAGCACGCUGAGACCCAUGCACCCCCAGGCUCUGCACCCCGCCGCUGGGCUGCUGCCCACCCCCCCCAUCACCGUGCAGAUCCCCCCCGCCAAGCCGGGCUUGCCGUACGCUCAUCCCCCUCGCCCCGCCUCUCCAGGGAGUUUCACCCACGGGACCCCCCCUCAGCCCGCGCACUCUGUGACUUUCCAGAGCUCCCCACAGCCCGCCCCUCGCCACGCCUACAUCUCUCACAGCCAACCGGGACAGCGCUUCUACCACAAGUAACCGUGGUAACAGAGAGAGGAGGAG